AUUAACUGGGCAGAGGAUAAUCUCACCAUGCCCAAGGCUACCAGCUCCCGCGCCGCCGCGGCACGCAGACACAACCCUCUUGCAGAGGAUAUCAGUGCCGUGGGGCACCUUCGGACACAGAGCAGCAAGAAAGGCAAGCACCAGUCGGAAGAUGAUGAGGGUGAAAAUGGACAGCGCUAUGUUGAUGCGAAGAUGUCGCGCAACAUCCUGCAGAUGGGUCAAGAAUUAGCAGAGGAGGAUGCCGCCGAACAAAAGCUUGCUAUGGGUACCGCGGAGCCCAAGUCGAAUGCUGCUUUCGAAUUCGAUACCCGUUUCGAGGAGGAGCCGCUGUCAGACGAUGAGAAAUUUGAGAAUGAUGACUGGGUUGACGAGGAAGUUGAGGAAGUUGAGAUUGAUCCCAAUGACCUCGAUAUGUUCAACAAAUUUAUCCCCGGUGGCCACGAGGAGGAUCCUAUUUUCGGCUCACGAGACCCUUCAGCCCAGGGUCAAACGACGAACCUUGCGGAUUUGAUUUUGGAGAAGAUCGCUGAGCAUGAAGCCAGACAGGCUGGCCAACAUGUCGACCCCGCGCGCAUCCAAGGUGGCGGGCUCGCGGAGGACGCCGUUCAGAUCCCAGCCAAGGCCGUGGAGGUAUAUGAGAAGGUUGGCAUGAUCCUUUCACGCUACAAGUCCGGCCCGCUUCCCAAGCCGUUCAAGAUCCUUCCGUCAGUCCCUAACUGGCCGACCCUUCUCGACAUUACGCAGCCCGAGCGAUGGACCGCCAACGCCGUCUACGCUGGUACUCGAAUUUUCAUCUCGUCGAAGCCUCAUGUGGCCCAGGAGUUUAUUGCGACCGUGCUGUUGGACCGCGUGCGCGAGGAGAUUCACGAGACGAAGAAGCUCAAUGUUCACACCUACAACUCGUUGCGCAAGGCCCUUUACAAGCCUGCAUGCUUCUUCAAGGGACUGCUUUUCCCUCUUGUUUCCAGCGGCACCUGCACCCUGCGCGAGGCACACAUCGUCUCCUCGGUGAUUGCUCGUGUGUCUAUACCGGUGCUGCACUCUGCUGCGGCGCUGCUCCGCAUGUGUGAUCUAUCGGCGGAGAUGUCGAGCCGCUCUUACGAGAGUACGGGUGCCGUCAACAUGUUCAUCCGAGUCUUCCUAGAGAAGAAGUAUGCUCUGCCGUACAAGGUGAUUGACGCUCUGGUCUUCCACUUCCUGCGCUUCCGUGCCGCCGAUCCUUCCGAGGAUACCUCGAUGGGCAAUGGCCCCUCCGGUAGCACCAAGGCCUACAGGUUGCCCGUUCUGUGGCACCAGUCUCUGCUGGUGUUUGCCCAGCGAUACCGCAACGACAUCACCGAGGACCAGCGUGAGGCACUUUUGGAUCUGCUUCUGGUCCGCGGACACAAGGACAUUGGACCCGAAGUCAGACGUGAACUGCUUGCCGGUCGUGGCCGGGGAGUGGUGGUCCCGGACCCCGAAAGGCAGAAUGCCCUCGAUGCCGGUGAUGACACGAUGGACAUGGACAUGUAAAGAUCUCUUUGAGCUUUUCUUCCCUUUUGUCACGAAAUCUCCCUGCAUAUACCACCUACGACCUGGUCACGAGCACGUACUUGAUGGAUGGCGUUUAUUGUGUUACUUGUGCAUAUAAUUCCCCUGGUGUCGGAACUAGUGGAGUCGAUAGAUACCACAGAGUCUAUGGACCAAAAAGCAAAAUCAUUAUGAAUA